CCCGCCGAGCGUCAAAUAUUCAGCGUAAGGAAUGGACGCCACGGGCUUUAAACAUGGAAAUGUCUGCUGGAGAAAAUCUCUGGUAGGGAGGCCGGUGGUGACAAGCCUGGUGAAUCUUCGCCCUUCUCAGCAGCCGUCUGCUUCAGUCCCUGUGCUGUUGGGAAGGGAAUUCCGGGACUUGGAUCCAGCGACGAGAAAGGAAUUCGAUCAAGAUGGUGCCCGAUUUGGAGAGGGAGCCUGUUGGCGAAAUUCGCUAGUCCGACUGUCCUCCUCUCUGCAAGAUACGCCUCCCAGGCUACUAGAGGGGUGCAACAAUUUCGGCGUUGUAUUUGAUCUUUCUGAACAUCAGGAGCAAGCGUGAUAAAAAUGCAAGAGAAACCAAACAUCCGGAUAACAGAAUGGGAGGACCUGGACAAGAGAAAGUUCUUCUCUGUUGGCAUAUUCAUGGCUCUGUCGAUCCGCCUUACAGUUUAUCCUGUCAUACUGAUUAGAACAAGACUUCAGGUCCAAAGAGGCUGGAGUCACUACAACGGCACUUUUGAUGCAUUCAGUAAAAUUUUAAAAUCUGAGGGUGUACGAGGACUGUACAGGGGGUUUCUUGUGAAUGCAUUUGGCCUAAUCACAGGCCAAAGUUAUAUUACAACUUAUGAACUAGUACGCAUGUAUGUAUCAGAGUAUAGCAACAAUAAUACAGUUAAGUCAUUCAUAGCAGGAGGAUCAGCAUCACUUGUGGCACAGAGCUUUAUAGUACCCUUUGAUGUCAUUUCUCAGCACCUGAUGAUCAUGGGCCAGAAAGGCUACAGGGGUCGAUUACAACUCUCCCAAACUACAGGAGGUAUCAGCCAAGGCUUUGGCCAAGCAAAGAAGGUUAUUAUUCAUAUUUUUAGGAUUGAUGGCCCGAGAGGAUUUUACAGAGGAUAUUUGCCUGCCUUGUUGACGUAUGUUCCUAACAGUGCAGUAUGGUGGCCUUCUUAUCUCUUCUUUGCAGAGCAACUUUCAAAAUGGGCUCCUAGUGAAUGCCCUCAUCUGGUCCUUCAAGGAAUAGCAGGACCAAUGGCAGCAGUCACAGCAUCUACACUCACCAACCCAAUGGAUGUGAUCAGAGCUAGGGUUCAGUUGGAGGGCAAAUCCUCGAUAAUUGAAACUUCCAGUCAGCUUUUGAGAGAAGAAGGUGCACGGGGUUUCACCAAGGGGCUGUCUGCUCGCAUCCUAUCUGCAGCUCCAACAGCUUUUGUCCUAGUCAUUGGUUAUGAAACAUUGAAGAAGAUCAGUCUACGGCAAGAAUUAGUGGCAAUUAGACACUGGUAGACGAUGUGUACCAGUAUUUCAUUGGAAUGAACUGCACAAAAAUCCAUUGUGUUUUUCCUGCAAUGUGCAAAACUUUGAGUAUUUUAUAUGCACUUUCAUUGUAUUGAAGAACUAAACUUCAGCAAUGGAGUUCUACAGGAUUGCUAUACCUGUGUAGAUUUAUAUACAUUCAGAUAUUUUGUAAGCUUAAUUUCAAAUGUGGUGCUUAAUGUGUGCAGAAGCAGGAUAUCAAAGCAUUAUGAAUGUUUUGUUCAGCUAAUGGUGAAAUGCUUGAUCACCUUCAGUUUUUCACCUUCAAAAGUAGGGUUGAGUUUGAAAAAAAAAUUAAGCUCUUUAACUAAAGACUACAGCAUUAAUAUUUAUUAAUCUAUUAUUUAGUGAAUUUUAAAAGUUUAAUGCUACCUCAUGCAAGCAUUCAGUUUGUUAAAUUCCUUUACAUGUUGCCCUGCCAAUAUAUUAGUGUAAAUCUGUAAUUCUGCAUUUACUAUCUAGCAUGUGAACUAAGUGAAUAAUAUCAGAAAAACUUCAAACCUGGAGUUCUAGUUUUGUAAUAGCCACUCAGAUUUGGUCUCAUCUUUUAGUUCAUGUGACUGUUUAAUGAGGUGAAAAUGGGAAGUAAAUGUGCUUCUAAAUGACACUGGUGAUCCUUCUUUCAAUAAACUACCAUAUAUUAAGUUCUCCGCAUUAAGUGGAUACCUAUUUGCACUUCAUCAAUUGAUAUCGAAACAAAGGGUGCAUAAAUUUCAUAAAGAUUUACAUUCUGGUACUGGAAAUCUCAGAUAGCAGUGGAUAAUUAGAUCAGAACACAGAAUAUAAUUCAAUUCCCAUUUUAAA